CAUUUCAGGAUUCUAUUCCCACUGCUAUUGGUCACUGUCGCAGGAAAUCUAGUUAGUGAGGGAGUGCGCAAGUUUUCUCUGUUUACACGUGGUUGAUCCAGAUAAGACCAUGGAUCAGUCGGUUUGGUGCCCGCCGCCACCGUCUCCCUUCCCUGCCUGGGACAGCUAUUAUGGCUAUUGGCCCCCGACUCCCCCUGGACAGUGGCCGCCGUGGCCGCCACCGCCGCCUUUUCAGGCACGCCCGCCAGGGCAAAAUUACAAUUAUGAUGAAGAGUGGCAAGUAAACCAAACUGGACCAUCUCAUCUCCGAGCCAGUCGAGGUGGACACUACAAACAGAAGAACAAGAAGAGAAAAGAACCAGUGUAUACUCAUUAUUGUGAUACAUGUGAUCGUGGCUUUAAAAACAAGGAGAAAUAUGAGGAACAUGUCUCUCAGCACAAACAGUGUACUGAAGAUGGCUGUGGUUUUAGUGCACAUGAAAAAUUGGUUCAGAUCCACUGGAAUAAUAUGCAUUCUUCUGGUGCCAAAAAAAUCAAGUUAGAUACCCCAGAAGAAAUUGCUAAAUGGAGAGAUGAAAGAAGAAAAAAUUUUCCUACUUUAGCAAAUAUUGAAAAGAAGAAAGCACUUCAGAUGGAAAAGGAGCAAAGGGGAGAGGUGCUUAAAACGCUGCAGUUUGGCAAGAUGAAGGGAAUGUGGAGGCCCCCUCAAGGUCAGACAUCUAGGCAUUAUGGAAGAGUCGGAAGGUGGAAAAAUAACAUCUGGAAUAAAUCUAAGGGUAUGCCUGGUGAUCAUGAUCUUCCCCUGAAUGCUCUAGGGGCAGCUGGCACUGGUCUAGACCACUGUAGAACUGAAAACAACGCUGGAAGAGACCAUACUGGAGAAGUGCAAACCUCUUUGAAGGAUGUAGAUCCUCUUAGCAUUCUGGCCACUAAUGAUCCUGAUUUAGACAGAGACGUAGGAGCUAUCAAGGAUGUAGCUUUGGGAAUGACUGUUGUUCCAAAGCAGGUGACUUCAGCUCUGAGCUCAUUGGUUGCCAACUAUGCCACUACAUCAGAAAGUGAAAGUGAACAAGAUGAAGAGCCCACCAAGAUUGCAGCCAAAGCAGUUAUUGAAAACCAGGCAGUUCUCAGAAGUAUCCCUCAGCCUUCAACCAUCCCCCAAACCUUUAAAAAUGCAGACUACAAAGAAGCUACUGACCCUAAAAAUGCAAUGUGGGGGAGACCAGAUCCACGUACUUUGCAUACCAGAGGUCCACACAGACAGAGAAAAAUGCUUCCUGUGAUACCAAACCGUCAUCCAACUCUGCUGGAAAUGUUGUUGGCAAAGGACAUACGGCAUGAAAGGAAUGUGAUUCUGCAGUGCAUUCGCUAUAUCAUCCAAAAUGAUAUAUUUGGACUGAACUUACAGACUGAUUCAACAGGAGAACUGAAGACUAGACAAACUUCUCAAGAUACUGAAGAACUGUUGACAGGCAGGCAAGGUGGAGCCAACAACCCUUCUCACUUUGACCAUCAGUUAGUGGCACCCAGGGAAUUAGAUGUAGGUCAGAGCAAAGAGGUAGCUAUAUCUCAGGUAUCAGGAACUCUUCAUACUGUUGAUGAAGAUGUGUGGGAAACCACAUAAAUUCUUUCUAAAGAAAAUUGACUUUUUGCAGACAUGGAGAAUCAGGAAAUUCCAUCCCCACCCCUAUAUCAAGAUUCUUGUCUGAAGUAAUUAGAAUACAGUAAUUUGUCUAAACAGAAGCAGUCCAUCUGCUGGAAAAUUGGAUCCAUUUUGUGUGAGCCUCUCAAAGACUUUGGCUCUGACUAUUUUUUGACUGGCAGCAUUCUUCUUGAGGGUUUUGUUUUUGAAUUUUUUAAAAAAUGAAAUCUCAUUAAAGUUGCUUUAUUGGGCAA